AUGAUUAAUCAAUAAUAAACAGAAUUGACUCCUUAAUAAUCAAAUAGCCCGAUCAUUUAAUAAUUAAAGGAUGUGAUCUAUGAUACAUUCUCAUUAUUGAAUACAAACUAAGCAAAAGUUAGAUAUCAAAAUCCCGUAAGAUUAAUAUAUAAAUUAGGCUUUAACCAAAAGUUGCGUGCAUAGAAAUACUUGCUUCGAAAUGGAAGAAGCUCUGAAGGAUAUUUAAUAAAAAAAAAUUUAUGAAUGCCCACAUUGUUAAUAAUAAGCAAGGAGUCCAGCUGAUUUAGUUGAAGAUUGGAGAGUUUAAGCAUAUAAAGAAUUUAAUAUAAUCGUUGAAGAUGUAACAAUAAUCAAAGGAAUUGUGGUGAAUAAAUACAUAAGAAAUAAAAAAAAAUAUUUGGAUUUUUUCUCGAUAGAUGAAUAUGCAAGACAAUUUCAAGAUAUGUUCUAGAGAUUUACUCAUGAUAUAUCAAUUAAUUCAAUGAUCUAAAAAGAAUUGGUUUCAUAGAAAUCUAACAACUAAACUAAGAUCAAUUUUUGGAGUUUUUGUUUGUAAGAUAGAGUAAAAAUAAAUAUCCCUGUGAGAAUAUUGGGAUGCAAACAUUAUGAAUGUUAUGAAUUAACGAGUUUAUUAUUCUUUUAAGAGUAAAAUAGAAAAAAAAAAGAAUUCUUAGAUUGCAAUCAACCUGGAUGUUCAAAUCGAUUAAGAAUUGCUCACAUAGAUUAUACUAAGUAACCUGAUACUCCAAACACUCCUUAAACAGAGGAAAAAGAGAAAUAAGAUAAAAUAGAUGAUAUCAUAACAUUAUUUUCAGGUAUCUGUGUAGAUUUGGAUUUAUUCAAUGCAAUAAAAUUAAGUAAUCCGAGCUCAUACAAAUUUUAUUACAAUUAAGAGACUGGAAAAAUUUAAGAAGAUAUAAAGACAGAGAAUGGCAAAUAAGUUGAUCCAGUCAUUAAAGCAGUAUAUGAAUAGCAUCCAGAUUUCCAUAUCAAAAUUACUUUUGAAGAAUUCUAAAAAUUAAUAUAACAAUAGGCAAUGUCAGUAAGUCAAGGAGAUCUCUUAUAAGAUGAUAAACAAUUAGGCAAGAAAAUAUCUCUAUAUAAAUACAGAAAUUAUAAAGUAAAAAUGCAAGACCAACUCACAAAACUUACAAUUGAAUAUCCAGUACGAUGUAAAUUAUGUACAGAUCUAUAGGUUUGUAUGGAUAUGAGAAGUUAUAUUGCAGAUUUUAAUUAUUAAAAAAAAGUAAAUCCAACAAAAAUUUAUAGUUGUCCAUUAUGUUAAAAACCUUAAAAUAAGCCGAUAAUUAAUACUUAAAUUUAUAAUUACAUAUAUUUAGAUACAAAUAUGCUUUCAUAUAUGUUUAAAGACAUGUCUUACACUAAUGGAACAAAUAUUUUUGAAUAUUAAGGUGAAUAAUAUAUGCUUUAAGAAUUUAUGGAUAGAUAAAAAAUCAAAAGAGAGGAUUACAUAAAAGAGUUAAAUGAAAGAUAGGUUAUAUUUAAGCAAUUGUUUUGCAUAGUAAAUAACUAAUAGAGAAUAAAAUAACCCUUACUACUUUAAAACUGUCCUUAGAAAAAUAUUGUUGAUUUUAAAUCAUUUUAUGAAGAAUUAAAAAACAUAGAUUUUGAUUAUGAAUAAACAGAUCUAAUAUUAUGUAAAUGUUAAAAGUGUAGUUAAAAUUCGAUUAAGUCUUUUGUAGGAAACAUCUAUUUUCAUGAACCCUUUUAUGAAGCUCUUAAUAAAUUUUAUAAGAUACAAAAUCCAGUAAAUGAUAAAGAGUUCACUUACAAAUUUGCUGAUAAUGAGUAGGAUAGUAUGGUUUUAGGAUAAAUAGUUUCUAGUAAUCCUAAAAUAAAAGUUUUACCAAAUGUAAAUGGAUAAGCAGAUACUUAAAUUCUAAGAAAUCUUAAAGGAGAAAAUGGAUUUUUGGAUUUAAUGGAUGAUGUGGAAUAUUAAAAGUUGUUCAGUAAAACAGAUAUUUCAGGUUUUUAAUAUAAAACAGUAGGAAUGAAAUAAGAUUUAUGUGGAGUAUAAAUUGAAUACAAGGAAAAAGGUAUUCAUGCAAAUGUUAAAGAUGCAGUUGAGAAAAUUAAUAAGAAUGCCAAUUAAGAUUUAAAAAAAUAUAGUUUCAAUGUUGUAAGCAUGUCAGUUAAUUUAAAAGAUGAUAUAUUUAAAAACAACAAAGGAGAGUUUGAUUAUGGCACAAAAAAAUGAA